CCGCCGCCUCCGCCCUGCGCCCCUGAGCUGCCGCUGCCGCCGCUGUCGCGGGUCCGAGGGCGCCGCGCCCUUGCCCUGGGCCCGGGCUCUGCCCGCCGCCGCCGGCCCGCGUCCCUGCGCUGCGCCGCCCGGCCGGGUGCAUGCAUUGUGGGCCUCCCGACAUGGUCUGCGAGACGAAGAUCGUGGCUGCGGAGGACCAUGAGGCACUGCCGGGGGCCAAGAAGGACGCGCUGCUCUCCGCCGCCGGAGCCAUGUGGCCCCCGCUACCUGCCGCGCCCGGGCCGGCCGUCGCGCCCCCACCCGCGCCAGGUCCCCAGCCCCACGGAGGCACGGGGGGCGCGGGGCCGCCGGAGGGGCGCGGCGUGUGCAUUCGCGAGUUCCGCGCAGCCGAACAGGAGGCGGCGCGCCGCAUCUUCUACGACGGCAUCUUGGAGCGCAUCCCCAACACGGCUUUCCGCGGCCUGCGGCAGCACCCGCGCACCCAGCUGCUCUACGCCCUGCUGGCGGCCCUCUGCUUUGCUGUGACCCGCUCACUGCUGCUGACGUGCCUGGUGCCAGCGGGGCUCCUGGCCCUGCGCUACUACUACAGCCGAAAGGUGAUUCUGGCCUACCUGGAGUGUGCGCUGCACACGGACAUGGCUGACAUAGAGCAGUACUACAUGAAGCCACCUGGAUCCUGUUUCUGGGUGGCCGUGCUGGAUGGCAAUGUUGUGGGCAUCGUGGCCGCUCGGGCCCAUCAAGAGGACAAUACGGUGGAGCUGCUCCGCAUGUCCGUGGACUCACGCUUCCGCGGCAAAGGCAUUGCCAAGGCUCUGGGCCGGAGGGUGCUGGAGUUUGCCAUGCUGCACAACUACUCUGCAGUGGUACUGGGCACCACAGCCGUUAAGGUGGCCGCCCACAAGCUCUAUGAAUCACUGGGCUUCAGACACAUGGGCGCAACUGAUCACUACGUGCUGCCUGGCAUGACCCUCUCGCUGGCCGAGCGCCUCUUCUUCCAGGUCCGCUACCACCGCUACCGCCUGCAGCUACGCGAGGAGUGACUACCACCACCUGCCCACCACCCUGUCUGCCCCUGUUCACCUCUGCCCUCCUGCUCGCUGCCCAGUGCGGCCCUGCUUUCCAAUGCUCACCUUGGCGUUAGUUUGGAUUUUCCUUUCUCAGCAUCACCUGGCUGGUUCUGGGGGACACAGGGCGUUGCUCCUCGGCAACACUCUGGUGGGGUAGAUUGUCUGCAGCCCCGGCCCUUGCCUCCCCCAGCCCAGCAGAGUGGCUCGUCAUGCCUUGAAGAGCAGCAUUGUGGACCACCUGGACUAUCCACAAAGCUGCCCAGCCUGCCUCCAUCAGGGGAGGACUAGCCUUGCCCGUCGAGCACAGAACCUCUACAACAAGCCCCACAAGGAGCAGACCCCUGGCCCCCAGCCAGGCUAAGGCUCAGCCAAUGGCCUCUGGAAGAGCAGCCUGCUGGGCUGGCCAGCCACUGCCCUGUGGGAGGCCAAGCUGGCCCCAGGCCCUGCUUUGCCUUGUGCAUGCUGAGGACAUGGCCUGGCUGCAGCAUGCCGCAUGCCACAGCCCCCUGCCCCGCUGCCCUGCCUAGUCUGAACCUCAGGUCCGAGCUGGUGAGCUCACCUGUCCUGUCCUGAGCUGGCCUCUGGAGGGCCCACCUGCCUGAUCCUGUCUCUCUGGUGGGGCCGGGCCUGGCCUAACCCGGCCCUAGCCAUUCCUGCUUUGCUUCAGAAUCAUCUUACCUCUUUCCCUGUGGUCCCUGUGCCUCUUUGCUCUGGCUGACUUGGCUGGGCACCCGGGUUCGGUUCCUGUAGCAAUCCACUGCACAGCAUGGUAGGGAUUUCAGGGGGUGGGGGGACACCUCCCCCAACACCUGUUAGAUCAGGUGGCCCCCUCCCAGCCGCCCGAGGCCCUGUGGACUCAUGCUGUUCGUGGGGUCUGCCCUGUGAAUGUAACUAGCUCAGGCUGUUGUUGGCGAUGCCUGCCACAGCUUCUCCCAGCCUGAAACAACCCAUUCUCUAAUAAGUUACGUAGACAGAAUAGCACUCUGCAUGACUUUAAUUCCUGGGACAAAAUGGUAGUUUGAGCCUCCAGACACACGUCUGUGUGGUGCUAGCAUACACGUGGUCUCUGGCCCCAUUUGAUGGGGGUGGGUGGCCGGGUAGGUGGAAGGUUUCAGUUUGGAGAAUGGAAGGAAAUUCUAGGUUAGUGAAACUGCCCUCAAAGUGCAUUCCUGGUCUGUGAGGCCUCAGGCUGCCUCUUGAACCCCUGUGUGUAGGCCUGAGGGGACUGGAGGGUCCUAAAGCCUCAUGGGAAGGGCUGGGCACUGCCUGGGACGUUUUUUUGUUGGGGUAGGUCCAGCCAUCUCACUAGAGAGUAUACUGCUGGGCUAACUGCUCCUGGCAUCUCCUUUUUGAGGUCCCACUUAGAGUCCAGCCUGAAUUGGGGGGGUAGCCUGGGACAGAGGAAGAAAGGCAGUGGCUGGCAGUGCUUAUGUGGCCAGCUGAAACCUGGACUUAGCUUCAGUGCAGGGUGGGGGUGGGGGUGGGGCAUAAAGGCCCAUCCACACCCUCUGUGUGGGGCUUGGGGACAAGGAGUGGCAGGUCGGGUAGGCUGUAGAGCUGGGCCCUGGCACCAUGGCGCCAUUCUUAGAAAGGCUUAGAGGGAAUGAAUGGUGGAACAAGCCCAGCUUCCUGAGGGGCCUUUUGUCCUGUUAGCAAUUGAGGCAUUUGCAGAACACUGUACAGACCCCGCUCUCCCCUGUACAUUCCUCCCUGGUGGUGCCCGGUCCCCUCUUGGGGAUGGGAGUUUUGUAGACUGUACAGAAAUCGGCACCCUAUUUUCUUGCAGCUCUCAGAUUUUGUUAAUCUGGAUUAUACAGACAGACGUAAAGUGUUUUAGCAAAAUGGAAAACAAACAGUUGUGCCUUUUCCUCUUUUCUGUUUGGAUUGGUCUCGGCUCGGGGCUAGUCUUAGUUGCUGUGGGUGUAGGGACUGCUGGUGUCUGAGGAUGGGGGAUCUGAGGUCUGGGUGGGCCUGAGUGGGAGUCAGGUCUGCUGGACACCACCAGCUGCCAAGGCUUCUCUGAUCCUGUGCCUUUGGGGCCUUCAGUCUUUGGGGUUAGAAGGGCACUGGGAUUGUUCAGGCCAGGGCAGAGCCUGGGGAUCCCUCAGCCACCCACGUCUCCUUGAUACUGACCUGGGAUGAGCUCAUAGUAGAUUCUCCCUUCCUAGGAGCCUGGGGGGAAGGUGUGGCCCUUCUGGCUUAUUGGCACCUGUCUGCCUAAGGGGACCCCUUCCUGCCAAAUAGCCCAUGGGUGAAGGAAAGCUUGCCGGGCUCUUCAUUAUUCGUUGUCUGCUUUCGGUUGCUACCAAGACUUGGUCGAGAUGUCAGGAAUGGGUGGUGGGGUAGGUUCCAGCUGCACCAGGAUGGAGUUUCACUGGGCAGCAUGCAGCUUGGCAGGCCCGAGGCCCUGGGCUGGAGGGAGCUGAGCUUGCUGAUUGACUGGGCCUGGCCCUGUCCUCUUCAUCCCACCAGGGCUGGGCGAGCUCUGCACAUGUGCACUGAUGUGAAUUUUCUGUUUGUUGAGAUUCUGUUUUUUCUACCUCUGUGGAGGCCCUUCUCCCUGCUCCACCUGGUGGCCAUGUGCUUGGGGCAGCUCCUCUGAGUUUGCUGGCCAUCUCUCCUCCCUUGGGCCUCUGGCCUGGGGUCUGACCUGAACUCAGGAUCCUGUGGCUUCCAGGAGUCCUGUUUGUGUGGAAGCCUCUGCUUUAGUCGGGAGGGAGGUGGGAGAGGUGGUGGGGUGCACCUACAGCAGAGAUCUGGUGUCGACGGCAGCCCCUCCCCUGUGCUCCCAUCCUUCAUCAGGGAAGGGGACAGGACAGAGCAUAGAGUCGGGGACACACCUGAGGUGAGCUUUGGCUUUGGCCCGAUGCCUGGGACUCUUUAAGCCACAGGAUCCUCACUUGCUGCUGGAAAGCACCCUGGUCAGUCCACUUGCCUCUGCCAGUCCCCGGUGGCCCCGCAGUCAACAGCUUCCUGGAGCUGGCUUCCAGGGCUGUGCCUGUGGCUAGAGGCCUGGGGACAAAAGUUUCUGGGUCUUUUGCUGGUGCCUGGGGCUUCUUGGGGGCUGGGCAUGGCUUCCUAGCUGGGUAGGAGCUGUGCAGCACCGUUGAGGCUACCUUCCCACCAAGCCCCAAGGGGCGGCCUGAGAGAGCUGACCUGAGGUGGCUGUGUCUCCCUGUCUGUGGUAGCACUGCUGCCUGAACCUGUUGCUACCUGUUCUCUUGGUCAGUGCUGGCCUCAGUCAUGGUCCUGUCCCUGGCUCUUGGCUACACUGCUGGGUAUGGGGCAGACCCUGGGCUGUGCUGCUCUUUGGUGCUGCCAUCACUGUGCUUCCAGCAGGGGAGGGGUCCAUGGGAGGUGGGCACAGCUUGCCUGGGUCUGGGUAGAAGAUGAGCCUUGACUUAACCACUAUUGGAUGUAUUUUUUUUAAAGGAAAAAAAACAGCAAUAAUUAGCCAUUUUAAAGAAGGGGUGUACCUACGUAAUGUGCAUACCCAUCUGUGUUGUGCAUUUGUGCACACAUGUGAGCAUGUGCACCUGGAGUAUGUGUAUGCAUGUGUGAGCAUCUGUAUGACUGCGUGUGUGUAUGCACAAGCACAUGCCAUUUGUAAUCAUGUGCUCAUGUGACUAUAUGUGCCCAAGAAAUCACAUUCAUGUGUUACAUGUGUGUGCAUGUGUGCAUGCGUGGGCAGCUCCAUAUGUGUAUGGAUGUGUGCAUGUGUGUGUUUGUAUGUGCACAUGUGUAGCAGUGGGAGGGAACCAGUGGGAACAGUCUCUGAUCUGGGAGCACUUUCUUUGUGGUAAGAAGCAGGGUCUUGUGGUUGUCUCUCACUGUGCCCAUUCCCUCCCCUGCCCUGCCCAGCUCCAUGUGAAUGUAGCACAACCCCACCAGGCUAGCUGAGCCUCCGCCGGCCCAGACUUCUGUCCAUCUCCCCCUUGGCUGAGGUAGGGUAGAGGAGCUGGAGGCCCCUUGGACAGGACAGACUGGGUUUGGUCAGGGUGUGAGGGUGUGACACAGUGGUAGAUCUCACUGUUGGGGUUUGUUCUUGAAUUUGUACUGUGAGCCCAUGAUGGGGGUGGGGUGUCCUGAGACCCCAGGAUGUGCCAAAAUAGCCCCUAGGGCCAGGUGAUGAGCCGAGUUCCCAAGAAGACAGGCUGGGGGCCCAAGUGGGUGUGUGCCCCUGCCUGCACGGCCCCCAAUGCUGCUGUUUUUCAAUAAAAUCAGAACUGAAGGAA